AUGGGAACUCAGCCGUGGACGAACCGACCAUCCAGAGGCGCUGCAGCGGCUAGUGACUCAAGACAACGAAUGGAAACCAAGGCCACUUGGGUUCGAGGCAUCGAAGACGGCCAAGCCCUGAUACGGCGUGGUCUAAGGUUAUCUCAAGGCUCAAAGACAUUCAGCCAAGGUUUUAGCAGGAUGCAGGUGCUCUACGGAUACAGGGCAGACGUACCUUUGUGGGUUAUGAGCCUGUGGAUGGGAUGGGACGAGAUGCUCAAGAUUAUCCGGAGCCUACUGAUACUGUACGGAUACACAGCGCAGCGCAACGCAACGCAACGCAACGCCCCCUCGCCGGUCCUGUUCCGUUUGUGGUACGAGGAUGCACAAGCCGAGCACUUCACACACCCAGCGAUCCAUCAUACAGCGACGCAGGCAAGCCAGGUCAAGCCUACAUAUUUAUAUCUGACGGUGCCUGAGGCGUUUGAGACGGUUUCUUGCCGUCAAGGUGGGCGAUGGCUGAAGCUAUCGCUGACGGGCAAAGCCUGUGGGCCGAAACACUUGACAUCACAAUGUCGGUAUUCGCAAGAAGCGACCUGUUCGCGACGAAAGGGGAGAGUCUCUGUAGUCGGCACCCACGCCUGGAUUCCGUCACCGUUGUGGACUGGUAGUGCAGCGAGCGGAGGUGCAGCUCUCGUCUUCCAUGCCGGCCUCUUCCCUGUCCUGCCCGUCUGGCUAGCCACUGGUCAGUGGUAUCUGGAUGGGAAGACUGCAAAGCUAUGUGCGGGCUCAACUGGUCUCUACCCGCCGCCAUGUCGUGUCAUUUACGGCUACUUCGUACUCCGUUCAGCAGAGUCGGAGUCACCAAACCACGCCCGAGACCCAGGCCCUAGUGUGGCUCAAUCAGCGCAGCAGAUGGAAAAAGAGGGUGAGCAGUGCUGGCAGGGCGGUGGUGCAGGAGAAAGGGGGGCAUGA